GAGAGUCUCUCAAGCAGUCUCGAGUGCGACAUCGAACUGUUAAGACGUGUAUUUAUUAUUACAUAAUAAUUAUUAAAUAAAUAACCCGGAAAUUAUCUAAACGACAUUAACAAUUGUGCUAAAUUUUGUGUUUAAAGUGUUGUGUGAUUUUUAAUUAAUUGUCAAUUUGUGAGUUUUAUUGAAAUAUAUGAGUAAAGUGUAAUCAUUUUCCCUCCAUUUUUUUUUUUUUUUUUUGGUAAAAAACCCGGUCCAUUUUCCUCUUCUUACGUGAAACACAUAAAUUUCUAAAGGUGCAUUGAAAUAACGUCGUCUCAGUGGACUUGAGAUUUUUCUCCAAAUUUUUAUAAAUUUUUACCUUGGAUCAUCUUUUUUUUGUUUUGCCAACAAUUGAUAUGCUCGUUAAUUGUUUGGAAAAUUUUGAAAAUAAAAUAUUCGCUGAAAAUUAAUAUUGCUGGGCGUAGACUUCAAUUUCGAUGAGUUACGAUUGAUCAAAAGAAAAAAAAAUAUAAAUAAAACAGGGUCGCUCGAUGAAGAAGAGCGUCUGUAAAUUGUAAAAUUAAAUUUUUUUAUUUUUAUUGAAGAAGGUGAAGAGUAAAUCGAGCAGAUGGUAAUAAAGGUGAUGCGGUGAAUCCUUGAUAGGAAGUGACCGCAUAAUAUUGUGUGAUUGUGUUGGUGGUUGAUACAAUUAAUUUGGCAAUGGAUCAUCAAAAUCAGACAAGUGAAAUUGGCAGUGUGAUGAGCGGAGGACACACUGGACAAAUGGCCCAAGGCCAAGAUGAUACUGGACCAAUUGACGAUGGUGUAUUACUAGCAAGAGUUCAUGUACCAGAAUUAUAUGUCAGCAAGUGUCUUCAAUUUCCCAAGGAUCAACUUGUUUGGGAUGUUAAACAACAGUGUCUUGCAUCAUUGCCAAAGGUGGCCACUUGGUACAGGGAAUUAAAGGAGAGCUUCAAUUAUGGUCUAUUCUGUCCGCCAGUUAAUGGAAAAGCUGGAAAAUUUUUAGACGAAGAACGUCGUCUUGGAGAUUAUCCAUUCAAUGGUCCAGUUGGUUACUUGGAGCUCAAAUAUAAAAGACGAGUUUACAAAAUGUUACAUCUUGAUGAAAAACAACUCAAGGCAAUGCAUACGAGAACAAAUCUUCGAAGAUUACUUGAAUAUGUUGCAAAUAGUCAAGUUGAAAAAAUAUCAAAAAUGUGUAGUAAAGGAUUGGAUCCAAAUUUUCAUUGUCAAGAAACUGGUGAAACUCCAUUAACAUUGGCAACUGGUUUAAAAAAACCAUCAAAAGUAAUAAUUGCAUUGGUUAAUGGUGGUGCAUUGUUGGAUUAUAGAACAAAAGAAGGCUUAACAGCAAUGCAUCGUGCUGUUGAAAAAAAUAGUUUAGAAGCUGUUCAAACAUUAUUAGAACUUGGUGCAAGUCCAAAUUAUAAAGAUACUAAAGGAUUGACUCCUUUGUAUUACAGUGUUAUUUAUAAAACAGAUCCAAUGCUUUGUGAAACAUUACUUCAUGAUCAUGCAUCGAUUGGAGCACAGGAUCUUCAGGGUUGGCAAGAAGUACAUCAGGCAUGCCGUAAUAAUCUUGUACAACACUUGGAUCAUUUAUUAUUUUAUGGUGCUGAUAUGAAUGCAAGAAAUGCAUCUGGUAAUACACCACUUCAUGUAUGUGCUGUCAACAAUACUGAUGCAUCUUGUAUACGCCAAUUAUUAUUUCGUGGUGCUCAAAAAGACAGUUUAAAUUACGCAAAUCAAACACCAUAUCAAGUUGCCGUUAUUGCUGGUAAUAUGGAACUUGCGGAAGUCAUCAAAAAUUAUCAGCUUGAAGAAGUUGUACUAUUUAAAGGACCACCACGUUACAAUCCAAAACGUCGUUCAAUUGCAUUUGGUAGUGGAAUGACAACAAGUUGUUCAGCAAUGAAUUUGGGUACAUUAACAAGAAUACCAACAACAAGUGAGGCAACAUCAUGUGGUGGUGGUACACUUACUCGAACAAUAUCAAUUGAUCAAUAUUCAUCAUCAGGAACAUUAACUAGAUUACCAAUUGUUGAUCAACAAUCAAGUUGUAAUAGUAGUACAAGUAGUAAAAGUCAAACACCGUCCACAGAACAAUAUACAUGUUCAUCAUUGAGUAGAACACCGUCCAAUGAUAGCCAACAAAAUAAUCAACAAAAAUAUAAUGGAAUAACACGAGCUGAAUCACAUCAUAGUUGUUUAAAUCGUUUACCGUCCAUUGAUACAAUUAUUUGUGAUUCGAAUAAUCAAAGAAUACCGUCCUCUGAUAAAAAAUCUAAUCCAAUGGAUAAAUUAAGUUACACAUUGGAACAAUCAACAAUUAAUCAUUUAACAAGAAAUGAACAUUUACAAAAUAAUAUCAAUAGAUUACCAUCAUCAUCAUCAUCAUCAUCCGAGUACCAGACACCAGCAUUACGUGAUCCAAAUUUGAGAUCACCGAAUGUGGAGCAUUAUCAAAAUCUUCGAAUAGAGGGAUUAACAAGACUUCAAGAGCAUCGAAUUGAUUUAAAACAUCGUUUGGAUAUACACAGUCGAACAAUGGAGAUGCCACCAUCACCAUCACCAUCCAGUCGUAGUCUAGCACCAUUUAGUUCAGCAAGUUCGAGUUUAUCUGAUGGAAGUAAUCAACCAUCAAAUGAAGACUCUGCAAGCAUUGUCACAGAUAAAAGUUUGGGUGAUACUGCAUCUGAUGUUAUUAGUGACAGUUCAGGAGUUGGUACAUCACAAUCAGACACAACAAAUUCACUUUCAAUACCUGGUACAACAGUGGUAUGUGUUGAAAGUUACAGUAGUGGAAUAUCUGGACAUAUAUCUAUUAAUCAGGGUGAUAUUAUUGAAGUUACUGGCUCAACAGACUGUGGUCUACUUGAGGGUGUACUUAGAGGUCAAGGUACAGGAUUAUUUCCUGCUCAUUGUGUUCAAGAAGUACGUCUCAGACAUACAAAUAUACCAAUGGGUCCACAAAUAAUACGUGAUGGAGGAAUACGUCAUAGAGUUGCUGGACGUCGUGAAUCACAACAUAAAUACUUUGCAACAGCACCAAGAAUGAAGAAACCUAUUUCAAUGUGCAGUGUAACAUCAGAACCAAGAACAGUUGUUCUUCAUAAAUCAACAAAAAGUUUUGGUUUUAUUUUACGUGGUGCUAAAACAACACCAUCAAUAUUAAUGGGUCUUACACCAGCAGCACAAUAUCUUGAUGAUGUUAGUCCUGGUGGAGUUGCUGAUUUAGCAGGUUUAAGAAAAGGAGAUUUUCUUGUACAGAUUAACGGUGAAGAUGUAACAACAUCAUCACAUGAAUCUGUUGUUGAAUUGAUUAAAAAAUCUGGUGAAUUAGUAAGAAUGACUGUUGUGUCACCAGUUGCAAAUAUAACAAAUUCACAAUCAGCAGCAGCAUUACCAACUAGUCAAUCAAUUCAAAGACAAUAUGCAACAUUACCACGUAAAACAAAUAAUAAUAUUCCAAUGAGUGGUACAUUGGGUAGAUCACCAGCACCAAUGCCACCAAGAAGAGAUCCAAAAACAACUCUGAGUGUUGGACGUGCUAGAGCAAGAUCUAUGGUUGCUGGUUUAGAAGGUGGAGGUGGUGGUGGUGGUAGUAGUGCUGGUGAUAAAGAUGACAGAGAUGAUAUUGUCUCAACUGGUGGUAAAUCAAGUAGUGCAGAGUCAAUUCACAUGCCACAACAGCCAUCAACUGGUUCAAACACUGGUCAAAAUACACCAGUACAACCAAGAACAGCUAGUAUCAGAUCAAGACCAACAUCAAGUAGAAUAACUGCAGCUGAAUUACAAGAAUUAUUUCAACGACAACAGGGAAGUACGAGUGAUCAGUAUGGCACAAACAUGAUGAGUUCUCACUUUCAGAGUGGAACUAUGACUAAAUCACAUCCCUCAUCACCAGCUAAAAAUGGCAGGGUCUAUGCAAGUGUUGCUGAGAUGAAACGAAAGGGCAAAUCAAGUUCACGUAUACGUUUCUUUGGUGGUCUUGGAGGUGGCUCAGAUCUCCACAGAGAAUUUCACAGUACACCAGAUUUAAAUAUUCAAGGUCAAUCAUCAUUUAUUGGUGCAAAAGGUCAUCGUAGUCAAGAGGAUGUUAAUGGAAUAAUAAGUAGAAAUUGUUUACCACCACCAAAUCAUCCACCACCACCACCACCAGUUGGUCAAGUUAUUAAAGUUAAUAUUGGUGCAACACCAACAGAUGCCAUAACACCAGCAUCAGUUUAUGAUAAUAUGGCACAUAUACAACAAGUCAAAGAACUUGCAGCAGCUUCAGCUGAAUGUGCAUACGGUGUUAUGUCAAGUUUUAGACCAGCAAACAAUGCUAAAUUAUAUGCAUCACCAGAAGAUAUGAAAAAUGUUGGUUAUCGUUCACAUAGUUUACCUGGAACAACAUCAUCACGAUCACAUUUACGAAAAUCACACAGUCUUAGAUCACCAAAUGGUACAUCAGUAUUUAAAUCACCAAAUUCACAACAAGUAUCAAACACAAUUAAUGGAAAUACAAUUAACAAUAAUAAUAAUAAUAUAAAUAAUAAUAUAAAUAAUAAUAAUAAUUGUGGUAAUCAAUAUGCUCAACCAUUAAAAACAAAUCGUAGUCACAGUAUGACAUGUAAUCGUGAAAAUAAUAAUAAUAAAAAAAAAUUAAUAAGUUCAAGUACAUCAGCAACAAAUUUAUCUGGUGGUCAAGUACCACCAAUACCAGAGCCAGAUUAUAGUCUAUCAGAAUCAGAUGAUAAUGAUGAUAAUGAUCAUGAUGAGGAUGAAGAUGAUGAUGAUGAAGAAUUUGAUGUUGGUGAAUCUGAAAUAACAAAAGAAUUAGAAAAAGCAGCAGCAAGAGAUAAACUUGAAUCGACGAGAGAAACAUCUGGUAAUUCAAAUGGUUCUGGUAGUAGCUCAUCUGGUAGUAGUUCAUUACCACAUUCAUUUAGUGUUGAAGAAAUACAAAAAGUUAGAACACAAUUAAAAUCAUCAAAAAGUCAUCCAAAUGAAUUUUUAUUAUUAAAUCAACAAACACAACAACAACUAGUUGAAGAUGGUGACAAUAGUUCAAGUGGUGUUAGCUCAGAUCAAGAUGUACCAGUUGGUCCACCAACUGGUUUUGAUGAUACAUCUAGAAAUGAUAAUAAUAAUCAAUUAAUUAAUGAUAAAGAUAAUAAUAAUAUUAAUAAAAGAAUGAAUUAUUCAAGUGGUAUGCUUACAAGACAUGCUGUUAGUUUAGCACAAUUACCACCACCAAUUGAAGCUGAUGCUGAAGAACAAAAUAAUGAUUUAUUUGUACCACCACCACCAGAAUUUAAUGCUGGACCAUCUGGUAAUAAUGGAGAUUUUGUAUUUGCACCACCACCACAAUUUUGUGACAAUCGACAACAACAACAUCAACAAAAACAACAACAACAACGAGUUAAAAUUAUUGGGGCAAUACCAAAGGUUGGCAAUAAUCAGGUUAAACCACCAACUGGACGUUUACAAAGCCAGUAAAUUUAUAAUUAUGUUGUUUAAAUUUUUAUUUUAUUUUUCAUGCCAAAACAAGUUGAGCAAACAAUAUUUAUUUAAUAAUUCAUAUUAUUAAUGUUAUUAUAAUAAAUAAUCGUAGUUUUUAAUCAUAGUGUUAAUAUGGAGCAAACAUUUAUCUUGAUGUUGAGGCCUAAUACAAUUUUUUCAAUACCAUUUAAUAAAAUUAAAAAAAAAAAAAAACAUAAUAAGAGUAAUUGAUAUAAAAUAAUACACUAUUUUUUUUCUUUUUUUUUUUUCUCAAGGUAAAUACAAAAAAAAAUUAAUGAAUUUGUUAAUUAAAUUGACUUUUUUUUUAUUUUACAUUUUUUCACAUUUUUAUGAAAUUUAAAAAAAUCUAAAUGCGUGUUUUUUGAUACUUUUUCAGCUGAAAAAAUAUAAAUAAAUAAUAACGUAAAUUUCAUAUGAUUUUAUAUGAAAAAAAAAUAUUUAGAUAAAAAUAAACCAAAACUUAGAAUGAGGAUAGAUUUAAAAAAUAAAAAUCAACACCAGAACUGUCAUGAUUAAUGUAAAUUAAUUUAAAAAUCAGGUGGUCCAAUAUGUCAUUCCAAUAAUUUUUUUUUUUGAUUAAAUCUAAAAAAAAAAAUAAACACUAAUUAUAAUUUUGAAUUAUAUUUUUUUCUAAGACAUACUACUGCUCAAAAGUAUAAUUAAUAAUUAUAACGCAAAACUACUCACCAAGUCAUUAGAUAUCGUUUUUUUUUUUUUUUAUUAAAAGUUAAAUAAUAAUUAAUAUUAUUAGUCAUUAAGUAAGAUGAUUAGCUUAAGAUAAUAUUAAUUGUAAAAUAAUGCAAUUGCAUUGUGUUAUUUUAUAAAAUGAAAAUAAUAAAUUAAAAAUAAUCACAACCCAUCACACUGAGCUUGUAAGAUAGAUCGUAUUCCUUCCAUUCACUGGACAAAAAAAAAAAAUAAUAAAACAAAAAAAAAUAAAAACAAUUAAUCCUCUGUUUAUUUAUUAAAAUAAAAUUUUUUUAAAAAAUACUCAUGCUAGAUGUAUAGCAACAAUUAAAAAUAAAAAUUAAAUAAAAAAAAACACAAUUUUCUCUAAAUGUUUAACGUGCAAUUUUUAUUAUCUUGUAUAUAAAUUUAUAUAUAAAAAAAUAGGUAUAUAUAGAAACAACAAAAAAACAAAAAAAUAAAAAAAAAAAAAAGAGCUGUCUUUGGUGAUAUUUCGAUGUAAUACUCUGGCAAUCUAAAGUCAGUUCUUACAAUGAUGGUUUAUUUAUUAUUAAAAAUAAAAAUAAAAAAUGUAUAUAUCAAAUUAGCAUUGCUAUACAUAUUUGAAUAUCAAUUUAUUAUUAA